AUGCAGCUUUCAGGGCUUUUUGUCACGGCAGUCGCGCUGUUCGCGUCGCAUAUCUACGCGCAGAGCCGUCCUCACGGAAUCGAUACCGGUAAUGAGCUAUGCACAGGCGAGUGUCUGCCUGAUCCUAGACAUCUCCCGUGCAGCAAACCGAAGUCCAAGCUGGGCGAUAUUAGCGCAACCCUAGGUGCGCUAGGGAUUAUGCCUCUGCUUCCCCAGUGUAUGUGUCCAAGUGGUGUCGAGAAUCGGGACUUCUUCGCGCAUGAAAUCUCGUAA